UUAUAUUUAUUAGUUGUUUAUAAGUACAAUUAAAAAAUGGAAAAUUUAAGUUGGUCAAGCAUAGAAGAAGGAGUUGACAAAAGUCGGUUGGAACAAUACAAUUUGGCAUCGACUGUCCCAUCAAAUUUUACAUUUUACAAAACUUUAUUAGUCUUUCUUGGUGUUCCAAAGGUAUCAUACAAAAAUGAUAAUACAUUGAUAUAUUUUGAUUUUGAAAAUGGUUCAUGGGAUACAACCAAUGUUGAAACUUUAAGUGGGGUUGAAACUAAAAUAUAUGCAGUUUAUCAAUGGAAUUUACUGUUAGAUCCAGAGAUAAGUAUGAAUUCAUAUUCAAAAGAAGAAUCGUUACUGCGAGAGCAUAAAAAAAUAGUCUUUAAUGGCAUAACUUCAUAUGAGUUUAAUGAUGAAAAUGGUUGUUUGAUCUUUGGUAAUGGUAAUGAUAUUUAUUCUGUCAAUAUUGAACCUAUUGCCUCUGGUAAAGAAGAGUAUGCUACACCUUAUGUUAUUCCAUCAAAUAUUUUUGGAAGCAAAAUGGAUACAAAGGUGUGCCCCUGCAAUCCAAGUAUUAUAUCAUUUAUUCACGAGGGAGACAUUUGGGUUACAAAUACACUAACAGGAUCAGAGAUGAGGUUAACGUUUGUUAGGGAUUCAUCACAAGAAAAAGUUUUAUCAGCAGGAGUUCCUGCAUAUGUAACACAAGAGGUUUUUGAUCGAUUUACUGGAUAUUGGUGGGAACCAUUUUAUCAUCAAGAUCCAGGUGGAUAUCAGAUAUACAGAAUACUAUAUGAAGUGGUAGAUGAGUGUGGAGAUGAAGAGUUCAAACUGGGAUCACAACCGCAAGUGCUGUUUACAAACUUUGUGGAGAACUACAGAUACCCAAAGGCUGGAUCAAAUAGCUCAAAACCAACCUUAAAAAUGGUUGAAUUUUGUUUAGACUGUUCUUUAAAUCAGUUCAUAGCUGGUUCAAUCAUAUAUUAUGAGUUGUGCGUAGAUUUUUAUGAAAAAUUUUCAUGGGUAGAAUAUAUAGUGAGAUGUGGGUGGAUGCCUUAUGGUGGAUAUAUAUGGGUUCAAGUUUUUAACAGAGCUCAAAACAGAUCGGCAUUAUUACGAAUUCCAAGUUCUGCUUUUUGUACUGUGAAUUCAACAAUUCAUUCCAAUGAAAAAAUUGACGUUUUGCUUGAAGAAAAAUCUGACUACUGGAUAAAUGUGUCUAAUGCUCUACACUUCUUGCCAUCACAAUUUUGUAAUGAAAUAUCAUUUAUAUGGAUGUGUGAAAAAACUUUUUUCAAGCAUUUGUAUAAAUAUACUGUGACAACAAAUAAUGAAACAUUAGAUUUCAUGGAAACAAAUAGAAAUGAGUAUGCUAUUCGCUAUUGUCAAGUACUAACAGAGCAGCCUUUGACUCAAGGAGAAUGGGAUGUUGAUAGUGAAACGAUUUGGUUGGAUGAAAGGAACAAUUUAGUUUAUUUUCUGGGUACCAAAGAUACACCUUUAGAGAAACACCUUUACUGUGUUUCUUUACUAAAUCCUCAACUGAUAGAACGAAUGACUUUGCUUGGUUAUUCUCAUGCUGUCACUCUAAAUAAGGAUUGUUCAUAUGCAGUCAUAGUAUCUUCUUCUGUGUCUUCAUUUUCUCAAGUAAACCUGUGUAAAAUAAACAACACUUUAGUAGAAAAAAAGAAGAUAUUUUUGCAAAGUAUAGGUUGGGUGCAAUCUCCAAAAUAUGUUCUUCCUAGCUCCAGGAUUCCUGAAUUAUUUAGGUACAAGAACUCUCAAGGUUAUGAUAUUUAUGGCAUGCUCUAUAAACCAAUGAGUUGUAGAGAAGGCGAAAAGUAUCCUACAAUGUUGUAUGUUUAUGGAGGGCCAUGUGUUCAGUUAGUUUCAAACUCGCAACGCUCUGUUCGACGUUUGAAUUUGUAUGCUUUACAAGUAUUCGGUUAUGCUGUUGUUAUGUUAGAUACAAUGGGAUCAUGCAAUAGAGGAAUAAGAUUUGAAGCAGUUCUCCAAAAUCGCAUGGGUCAGAUUGAAAUUGAGCAGCAGAUUGAAGGUUUAGAAAUAAUUGCAGAGAAAUCUGGAAUAAUUGACAUGAACAGAAUUGUUAUUCAUGGCUGGUCUUAUGGUGGAUACUUAGCAUUAAUGGGAUUAGCUCAGCGCCCUGACAUAUUUAAGGUAGCUAUAGCCGGUGCUCCGGUUACGUGCUGGCAAUUAUAUGACACUGGUUAUACUGAACGCUAUAUGAAAACUCCAGCUGAAAAUAAAAAAGCAUAUCAAGAUGGUUCGGUGCUCAAAUUUGCUAGACAGUUUCCUAAUGAACCCAACCGUUUAAUGAUAAUCCAUGGUCUUAUGGACGAAAAUGUACACUUUAGUCAUACUAAGGCUCUCAUAUCUGAACUUGUUAAGGAAGGAAAACCCUACCAGCUACAAGUGUAUCCAAAUGAACGUCACGGGAUUCGAAAUCCUGUUGCUGCAAAACAUUAUGAAACCAAUGUUGUUUGGUUCUUACAACAAUACUUGAGUACAAUCAAACUUGAAUAAGAUACUAAAGUUAUCUUAAGUCUAUCAUACUUCGUUCGUUUAUCUCAACGAUAAAGCGUAAAUACUCUUAUGCAAGUCUUAUCUUGAUAUCUUAUGAUACUUUAUCUUAAUAUAUUAAUGAUUAAAGUCAAGUUCGAUGUUAUAUUUAUAGAUGAAUAUUUUAUAUAUCAUGAAAUAAAAAAUAUUUUUAAGUAACAUUUAUAGAACAAUAAAA